AUGCACCUGGUGGUGAAGAAGUAUGAGAAAAUAUUGGUCCGAAAAACCCUCUCGAGCCUAGGCUCGUCGAUCUCCUCCACGGAGCCGGCCUCAUACUGCUCGGCCGCAUUAUUGACGAGAAUAUCGAUUUUGCCGCCAAAAGCGGCGGCCACCUCCUCCACGACCCGCCUGCAGUUUUCGUCAAAACCGAGAUCAGCGGGCACGGCAAACGGGUCCUUAGCCCCUUCAUGCUUAGCCUUCCUCAACAUCUCUAAUGUAUCGUUUGCAUCCUUGUCCUCGUGGCCCUUGACGUACGUGAAUGCCACGCUGGCGCCUUCGAGGGCGAAGCAGUGGCACACGGCCCGCCCAAUGCCCGAAGUAAACAACCAGAUGCAUAGACUAAGGCCAAAGAAUUUCGAGUUAAGAUCUAUAAAACCCAGCCAACACAACAAAGACAAGAUUCCGCCACGUCAGCACCAAGCUGGCGGCCCCGCUGGCAAAGCUUCCCGCGGCCGCUGCAGUCGUGAGUACAAUCACGGUCCAGUCAUCCUCUGUCCCGACUCCAACCCCAGUGAACCUGGAGUCGUUGAGGGCCCUGGAGGCCCGUGGGGAGUGGGUGUAGUUGGUGAGGACAAGUGUGGCCACGCGGUGGGGCACGCAAACGGGCAGGACGGAGCCGCUACCUGUCGUGGUGGGGUCCACGUGGCACUUGCGCAGGGCGUCGGGGUAGCUGGCGAGUGA